AUGGCCCGCAACCAAAUAAUACUGGUUCUCUUCUAUGGAGAAAUCUGGAAAUCACUUUCUACAGCAAUACCUGAAAACAUUUCCAUGAAUAAAAGAAAUGCAUACACCAGUAUCAGGAGUCCAAUAGAAGACAAAGCUCCUCUGUAUCAAUUGCAAGCAACUGGACCCAGUUUGCACAAAUCUGGAAGAGUACUGACUGUUACAACAUCAGCUCAGUUCCCCAAAGCAUAUGCAGAACCGACCGAUGGAAGCUGGAUAGCAGCACUGAUAAUUGGCAUAAUUUUGAUUAGUAUGAUAAUGGCUAUUAUUAUAAUUCUUCUGUGGAAAUGCUGCAAGAGGCCAGUUCUAGUUGAUUCAAAUUGGGCAGGUCGUUCUCCAUUUGCUGAUGGAGACACACCAGAUGUCUUUAUGGACUCUGACCAGGCUACCAAACGUUCAUCAGUUUUAUUUAUGUUGCCUUGGAAACUGAAACAAGACUCAAACUUACAACACGGUCCCACUGCAUCAGAGAAACCACCUCUCUGCACUACCAGGAAUGAAAACAGCCGAUCGCCCCCACCAGCCGAAGCCUGCUCCGUAGCCAGCAGUGCCGUUUCCAACAGCGAUGCAGCUCCAGCUGCCCCCUCCGCAGCAGCAAGCUGUGCGCCCGAUGCCCAUCCUCACCCACCGGCUCUACCCGAAUCCCCCGACCUGCCACCUCCACCUGACUGGCUUGGGGAACCCGCUGAGGAUCACAGUUCAGAUCUCAACAGAGACCAGGGAUGUCACUCGGAAACAGAGGAGCAAUUGCCCCCACCACCCGACUUCCCCAUUCAAGAGAUUCGCGAACCACUGCCCCAGCUGCCACAGCCAGAACACCCUUUGUAG